GUGUUUGGUCGCACGAGGGCGGUAAUAGUAACGUAACAACCAUAGAGAGUACGCUCAUUCGUCCGAACGUCGUCCUACCGUGCGGACGAGUCAGAGGAUAAUGGUUCGUCUACAUUGUACUGGUUUGGCAUCGUUGUCGCUGCCGUUGCUGCUCUUCGUAAUAAACUCGACGGUCCUCGCGGUGUGUGCGUGUGCGCUUCGUCGCUAGCUUCAAGAUGGCCUACCGCUACUGGUUAACACUGCGCGCCACGGUGUAAUCUUCAUCAAAUUUCCAGUGUCCGCUGGUGUAUGCUCACACGACGCUCUCUUUGCAAACUCUUGCAAAAGAUAAAUAGACCAACGAGAAAGGGAGGAAUAAAGAGAAGAAGAAGGAGAGAAGGGGAUAGGAGGAAAAAGAGAAGCGCGAGGAAGCUCGAUCUCUUGGACGAAUUGUGCGUCCGGAAAUGUGACGAGUCGAUGAGAAACCGGUCGAGCCGAGCCAAGCCGAGCCGGUAACAUCGUUCUCCAAACGAAGAAGGGAGGGUAACUGAGGUGGAUUAUUACGGCACUGACGGUGUGGUACCAUGGACCUCGUCGUUCAUGGAUGUCUUCGAUCAAAGCCUGGAACGUCACGGGUCCGCCAAGACGGCCGGUGGUUCGAGCAUGAUCGAGAAGACUGAUUGUGAUCUCGCGAAUUGUGAGAUGGAGGUCACGCGGGAGAUCCAGACAGGCCUAGUAGAAGCAACGCGUAAGAUUACGGAGAAGGAAGAGAAGGAAAUUGAUGAAAAGAACGAAGAUGGUACAACAGCAGCAACAACAACAACAGCAGCAACAACAACAACUUGCAGCGAAUCAAGCUGCACUCUUUCGGACAAAUUCGUUCCCGAAUGUUUUCUGGAAGAAGAAGAAGAAGAAGAUGAUGAUGAUGAUGAUGAUGAUGAUGGUGAUGAUGAUGAACGUAUGCAGGUUGAUGAGAAUGUCGAAACCCAAUCGAAGACGAUCAUUGAUGUCUUUUCGGGUUCUUUGUCAUCGUCAUCACCAUUGCCCUCACCUUCGCCAUUGUCUUCGCCUUCGCCUUCGUCUUCAUCUUCAUCUUUGUCUUCGUCUUCGUCUUCAUCUUCGUCUUCUUCGUCGUUGUCAAGAAAGAGACCAGCCGGUAGCGACUUUCUGUCGAUCGACUCGGAUGCCAAAAGAAUCGGCGUGGAGAUGUCCGAGGAAGAAACGAAUCAGUUGAGAAACGACGUCAAAAGACUUUCGCCCGUUGAGAUAAGCCUUCGAGAACGUACGCUAGGUGAGAUUUCAUUGACUCCGGAUUCACGGUUGUUUUGCGAAGAUGUCAAUAAUGUCACUUCGGAGAAUUUAUCAUCGUCUAAUGUUUCUCGAAUGAUUCGUCAUAGGCAAUCCAUGAUUAAUGAUUUCGUUGUCGAUUCUAAUGACGAUAGUACGAAGACACGAUCAAAGUCUAAAAUUUACAAAAUUGAUGCGACGAUUGAAAACGACGAGUGUACAAGUAGCGUCGAAAUCACGGAGAACGUCGAAUGUAAAUUGCAUCGUAACAAGGAUAAUAUAGAUGAUGACGUUGAUAAUGAUGACGAUGACGAUGAUGACAAUGAUGAUGAUGAUGAUGAUAAUGAUAAUGAAGAUGAUGACAAUUCCUGUUGCUCGAUGUCGUUUCGUGAGAAUGAAAUUCUCCCUUGUGAAGACAUCGACGAAGUCGUUGACAAGUCCAAAACCAAUACGUCCGACAUCGUAAAGUCGGAGAAAGAAGGUACAGAUUCUCUGCGUCGUUUGGUUGUCAUGCUGAAUCGUGUAGACGAAGAGAUCAAAGAUAAGAAGACGGAUCUUAAGGAAUGCGAAGACAAUGUUGUUAGUGCGACGAGACCGAGGAAGAUUACUCGAGAAGACGGUACAACUAUAAAGGACAAUGUGUACGAGACGAUGCUAAAGAGUUCUUUGUCGUCUCGUAAACUGAUCGUAGUGCUAAAUCGUAUAGACAUGAAAGAAGCUGUUAAAAAGGAGAAAGAAACUGUUGAUGGAUGCGUUGAUAGAAGUAUAGUCGAGUCUAUGGCAGAUUGUCGAACAAAAAUUGAUAGUACGAUGCAAAAAAUAUGUACUCGUUCGUCUUCCUUGCAAAAGCGAUUAGACAUGAACAAUAUUGUAAGUACGAAAGAUAGAUACACGGAAGAAAAUAACAAAAGCGAUUCGAUGCUACUCGAUAAUAGUCAUUCGGUAGUCGUGUUGUCUUGUAUUAAGAAGAGAAAUAACGAUGUAAGCAAUUUGAGGCAAACCGAAUUAAACGAGGAAGUUGAAAAUGUAGGUUCGGAAACGAAAAGGGCAUUUUCCUCGACGGUGUCCAUUGUGGCUAAGUAUAAUGAUUCAAUUUCGUUGGACUCGAAUGGAAUAGCGUUUGAUCAAGGCACACGUUAUUCGAUAAGAAAUAAAACGAAAACGAUCACCGAUGAGGAGCUCGGUGAGAAGGAAGAAUUACGAGUUGAAAAAAAUGUUUCAAGGAGAAGUAGCGUUUUACAAAAAUCAAAUAAAGAAGAGGUGCCUAGCGGUGGGGCGGCAGUGGUAAUCGAGAAACUCGAAGAAGAGGAGGAAGUUGUUCUAGCGACGUCAUCGAUUAUGCCGAACGAAGAAGAAGACGAUCGUCUGCAAAAUCUUGAUACGUCUGAUUUAGAUUCGUCCGAGACAACAACACCAGGUUCACCAGAAGAAGCGCUGGAAGCUUCUGCCGAUGUCCAGGAAGCGAUUGAUACCGAGACGGAAACCGAGACCGGUUCCGACAGUUCCGAAAUACCAACGUCCAUGCCGAUUGUUCGUAUUCGCGAUACCAGCUGCGAAAGAGAAGACAUAGCCGAUGCAGCGAAUAAUUGUCCCGAGAAUGAGACUCUCUGCUGCGACGAGAUAGCGUCCGAGAUGAUAACCAGGCUCGAGCCAGAAAAACCAGAACCUUUCACCGAGGAUUCCGCGGAGAGUUUAGCGCUGACGGCUGGUGCAAGGGACGAGGUUAGAUCCGACGGGAGUGAUUCUGGCCUUGGAAGUGAAAUACCUGGGGAUCCUGGACCAGCACCAGCUCCAGAGAGCGAUUCCGAGACGUCUUUUCUCGAUAGAAUACCGGAUGAUAUUCUUUCCGACAAGGAAAAAGCUGUGAACCAAUUGGAGAGCUUUGUGCCGGAAACGAGUGUCCCUGGGGCAUCGCAAGCUACGUUAGCGACGUUCCGUAAUCCUCCGAAAAGCAAUCUUAAACGUAGACUGACUGAUUGUAUGGAAGGAGAACCGAGUCCUAAAAGAAGUAAUACUACCGAGGAACCUAUGAAAAAGAAAAGAAACAUUCAUUUUGAUGCCGUCACCGUUUACUAUUUUCCUCGAGCGCAAGGUUUCACUUGCGUUCCUUCGCAAGGUGGUAGUACUCUAGGCAUGAGCGCUACUCAUACGCACGCCGAGAGAUUUUCUCUUUCCGAGCAUGCGGCUGAGCAAAGGAGAUUGCAUCGGGCUAGAUUGGCGCAAUUACGUUCAGAACGUGCAGCAAAUUGCGCUACGGAGGCUGCUUCGAGUUCGGAAGAUCCGAGCGACGAUACCGACGAAGAACCCAGUGACAACGAGGAGCUCGACAUCGACAGUUAUUACUUUCUACAGCCUGUACCAACGUGGCAGAGACGAGCGCUUCUUCGUGCAGCCGGUGUACGUAGGAUAGAUGCCGUCGAGAAGGACGAAUGUCGAGACAUCCGUGCGAGUCGAGAACACUGCGGCUGUGGAUGCAAGGGAUAUUGCGAUCCUGAAAGUUGUCCUUGCAGCAGAGCGAACGUCAAGUGCCAGGUCGAUCGUGCCGGUUUCCCUUGCGGUUGUACCCGGGACGGUUGUGCCAACAGCUCCGGUAGGAUAGAAUUUAAUCCGGUACGAGUGCGGACACACUUCAUACACACGUUGAUGCGGCUCGAGUUAGAGAAGAAGCAACGCGAAGAAGAAGGAACUGAUCACGAGGGCACCGACAAUCAGAAUAACAAAAGCGGACCAUUGCGAGAUAUCAAUUUGGGUUCCCUAAUAGACAAUUCAAAUACGGAAGCGUGUAUAACCGGUGGUGGUUUUACAACGUUACACUAUGAAAAUCAUGAUGCCGGCAAUGGCAGUUCGAAUUGUCAACCAGAAGUACCUGGUACGCGAGAAGAUAGUUUAGAUCUUUAUGCUAUAAGAGACGAUUGUUAUCCGAACGAAGACACGGUCGAUGGUACGCAGAGUGGCCAAAGAAAAUUGCAUCCCGAAUUUAGUCAAGCUUUUCAAACAUUUUCGGGCCAAACAGCAGGUGCAAAUAUGAAUUUUCAACAGACCGCUUAUCAGGAUUAUCAGGCUUAUACAAAUCUUCCUUCCACGUCUAGGGUUCAAUUUCAGCCGCAAUUUCAACCGGUGCCCGGAAGCCCAGGUUUCUCGCAUUACGCGGUCUAUGGGCAAGAUGGCACAUCUGUGCAGGACAGUUGCCAGGUACAUCCUGGGCAACAUUCUUCCAAUUACGAGGCUAACUUCGCGCAAGACGAAUCGACCGGAUCGCAAUAUACAAAUUUGAAUUCUGUGCAGCCGAUGAACGGUGGAGUUCAGCAGAUAGGUAAGCUAGAGCCGUUCUCGGAAUUGCUAUCCGGUAGGUAUUCGUAUUAUGGCGAGAUAGAGCCGCAAGCGCAUGGUACUUAUCAUGGAAAUGCAAAUAAAGAAGGAGAUAAGGAUCAAACUACGAACGAGCAACAAUCGGAAAGUACGGAGGAAUGCGAUGAAAAUUUUGGAGAGAUCAUUAAAAAAUCUAUGGUGGAGACGGUAUCCGCUUAGAUCGAAUCAUCCUCAUUAAUACGAAUGAGUGUCGUCCAACGGUGAUAUGAUAUGACACACGUCCUUGUCCCGUGUGUUGCGACAUUUGCAUCUUGGUGAUUUUAUAUAUAUAUACAUAUACAUAUAUAUAUAUAUAUAUAUAUAUAUAUAUAUAUAUAUAUAUAUAAUUCUCAAGAGUUUAAUAAUCCGUCGAAGAGUUUCGAUUCAAUCGAAGAAACUUUCUCGAUAGAGGAAGAAGGAUGUUGGAACUUUGAUAGUUCCGUUACUUCUGUGCGAUUAGAUAAAUCCGAUUUUAUUGUUGUUCGUGAUUUUUCGAAAGAACGAUAUUCUUUCGUUAAGAAUCACUGGCGAUGUACGAUGAGUCCCAUGGAUAUCGUUAGAAAAAAAUAUUGCGGCUACAUAUGCGUCCGCCCGGGAUGGAAUACUUGGAACGUCCUUCUUGAAUAGUUUAUAUCGAAACCUCUCCCCCACCCACAUCACCCCACCUCGCACUAAAAACCCCCGAGGCUUCUUCGAGAUCGAGAGAGGAUGAUAGACACAUCGGAAGAAAUACGAUGUCGAAGAAUGCUAAGAGAAUCCGGGGUCGUGCGAAUUCGCCGAAGGAUUAUUCAAAAGGGGAAGGUCUCCGUCGAAAAUCUUUUUGGAGAGUAGACUCCUUUGAAAAAAAAAAAAAAAAAAGGAAGGGAAAAAAAACAAAAAAAAAGAAAAGAAAGUAAUAAUAAUAAAAGAAGAAAAAGAAAAGAAAUGAGAUAGAUAAAAAAAGAAAGAAAGAAAGGAAGA